CGCAUCAAAAACGCACUCAAAAAAAUUUAAAGGCAUUUGAAAAUCAGAAGAAUCUUUUAAAAAGUGCGAUAUUGUGCAUAAUUAGUUCCAAAAAAUACAUAAAAUCUUACUCAACAUGACGAUGGAACUUAUAAACAUAUUGGAGAAAACUGUUUCAUCAGAUAAAAAUGAGCUUGAAGGAGCACAGCAUUUUCUGGAACAAGCAGCAUCAAACAAUCAUCCGGAUUUCCUUAAGGCACUCUCAGAUGUGCUUGCACAUCCUGGAAAUUCUCCGGUCUCGCGUAUGGCUGCUGGAUUACAACUAAAAAAUCAAUUGACAAGCAAAGACGAAAAUGUUAAACUCAAAUUUCAGGCACAAUGGCUUCAACUACCGGAAGACAUUAGGAAUUAUGUUAAGAAAAAUAUAUUAGCUGCAUUGGGAACUGAGAGUAUAAGACCAUCAUCUGCUGCCCAAUGUGUUGCAUAUGUCGCGGUUACAGAACUUCCUCAAGGUCAAUGGCCAAAUCUCGUACAAACACUCGUUAAUAAUGUCAUUAAUGAGCGAUCAACAGAGAUGGAACGGGAAGCAACAUUGGAAACAAUUGGAUACAUUUGUCAAGACAUUAACUCUGAGGUUUUGGAGCCACAAUCAAAUGCCAUUCUCACAGCAAUCAUUCACGGAAUGCGUAAGACGGAACCAAGUAAUCAUGUAAGACUAGCAGCGACAAAUGCACUGCUUAACUCAUUAGAAUUCACCAAAGCCAAUUUCGAAAAGGAUUCCGAGAGAAAUUUCAUUAUGGAAGUAGUUUGUGAGGCAACACAAAGUACUGACAUUCAAAUUAGUGUCGCAGCAUUACAGUGUUUAGUUAAAAUAAUGACAUUAUAUUAUCAAUUUAUGGAAGCAUAUAUGGGACAGGCACUAUUUCCAAUAACAUUAGAGGCCAUGAAGUCCGAAAAUGAUCAAGUUGCACUUCAAGGUAUUGAGUUCUGGUCGAAUGUAUGCGAUGAGGAAAUUGACUUGUCGAUUGAGUCACAGGAAGCAAAGAAUGCAGGUCAAACGCCUGAGCAUGUUUCAAGGCACUACGCCAGAGGUGCACUUCAAUAUUUAGCACCAGUUUUAAUGGAGAAAUUAACUAAGCAGGAAGAACAUGAUGACGAUGACGAUUGGAAUCCAUCUAAAUCAGCCAGUGUCUGUCUUAUGUUGCUCGCAACAUGCUGUGAAGAUGAUAUUGUUCCACAUGUCCUUCCAUUCAUCACUGAGAAUAUUAAGAGUCAAAAUUGGAGAUAUCGAGAUGCUGCAUUGAUGGUUUUCAGUUCCAUUUUGGGUGGACUUGAGGCACAGACAUUAAAACCACUUGUUGAACAAGCUAUGCCAACAUUAAUUCAAUUGAUGUACGAUACUAAUGUAAUUGUUCGUGAUACAACAGCUUGGACAAUUGGUAGAAUAUGUGAAGUGAUUCCACAAGCUGUUAUUGAUCCACAAUUCCUUGAGCCACUACUUCAAGCUUUAUUACAGCAAUUGAAAGCUGAAGCACGUGUCGCGUCUAAUGUCUGUUGGGCAUUUACUGGAUUAUCACAAGCUGCUUAUGACGCUGCACUUAUGGACGAAGACGAUCCAGAAACUUAUUGUUUAUCAAAAUAUUUUGAAUAUAUUGUCCAGCGUUUACUUGAAACAACAGACAGACCAGAUGGUGGUCAAUCAAAUUUACGUGCUGCUGCUUACGAAGCAUUAAUGGAAAUGAUUAAAAACUCACCAAGUGAUUGCUACAAGACCGUACAAUCUACAACAAUGGUUAUCCUAGAGAGAUUAAAUCAAAUUUUGAAUAUGGACAAUAUGAUUGCACCAAAUGAUCGUCAAAGAAUCCAGGAUAUACAGUCAUCAUUGUGUGCAACAUUACAAUCUGUACUUCGUAAAGUUAAGCCUGAAGAUGCACCAGCUGUAUCGGAUGCUAUUAUGAGUGCACUCUUAAUGAUGUUCAAUUCUAAUUCUGGUAAAGCUGGUGGCGUACAGGAAGACGCAUUAAUGGCUGUCUCCAACUUGUGUGAUCUGAUGAAUGAGAACUUCAUUAAAUAUAUGGAAGCGUUUAAGCCAUUCUUGUACAUGGCUUUAAAGAACUUCCAAGAUUAUCAAGUUUGUUCUGUUGCUAUUGGAUUAGUUGGCGACAUUGCACGUGCUUUGAAAAUUGCCAUUUUGCCAUAUUGUGAUGAAAUCAUGAAUAUGCUUAUGGAAAAUCUUAGUAAUCCAGACAUUCAUCGUGACGUUAAGCCACAAGUUUUGAGUGUUUUCGGUGACAUUGCACUUAGUGUUGGAUGUGAAUUUAAGAAAUAUUUAAGUCCCGUCCUUCAAGUUCUCUCACAAGUCAUGGAAAUUCAAUGUGACACAAAAGAUUUUGAAAUGCGUGACUAUUUGAGCUCAUUGCGCGAAAGUGUAUUGGAAGCAUUCACGGGAAUUGUUCAAGGAUUAAAAGGAACUGAUUCAAAACCAAAUCAAGAUAUUCUCCUUCUUCAAAACCACGUUCCAAUGAUUAUUAAGUAUAUUGUGAAAGCAGCAUGCGACACUGAUUUGGCCGAGACAACAAUGACAAGUUGUGCUGGUCUGAUUGGAGAUUUAUGUUUAGCGUUUGGAACACCUUUAUUACCAUACAUUCUUGAAGACAAUAUUAUUAUGCCGAUGUUGAUGGAAGGCAAGAAAUCGACCACAACUCGCACAAAAUCAACUUGUAAUUGGGCUUUAAGGGAGAUUAAACAGCUUAAACAGUCGGCUCAAAUGACACCAGCCGUAAACAACGUAGCACCAGCAGCACCAACAAAUAACAACAACAACAUUCAAUUUGCAAACAACUUUCCCAACGCCGUCUAGAACAAUAUAAUCUCAAGAAAUGAAGAGCAUGUAACGAUAUGGACAGUAAGUAAGAAUCGAUCCGAUUGCAAUUCUCACAUGUCGUAAGGAAAAAAUACUUAUAUUUUCUUUAUUGGAUCUUCA